AUGGCUAUCUUCUACGACCUCACCUCCCGCGGCCUCGAAAUCUCGACCAGUCACUGCCUUGCGGACGAUGACAUCGUUCAGACUGCGACCUGUGUCAUACAGUCCUUGCUUCUCAUAAUACUAAUUCACAUCCUCCUUACUUUGGCAGUACUGUUGAUAGACACAAUCAUCCAACGACUCGGCCCAUUGUUCCUAUCACUGGUUCUCGAUACGUGCGUGGGACUAGAAGCACGCUGCGACGAUCUGAACUUGACAUGGAUUGCAUGGCUGCUCAACAUAUUCUCCAAGAUAUUCACUACUGCAGAUGACAGAAAGCAACAAAAGGAGCUAAUCAAGGAAAAGAAGUCUGUUUUAUCCAAAUAUGACGCUCACGAACGGCGAUACGACUACCUGGUCCAAACACUCCACCACCUGGAAACGCAAGCAGCACUUGAAAUCCUGACUGUAGCCCAAAUCCAAGCCACCUGCAACCUGGCAUUCGAGUUGUCGGCUUUCCGGUAUGCGGUUACGGAUACAGUGAGUGAGUUCCGACGACUUGGCUUUCAUCGUCGGAAUGGAGCGUGGAUACGUGCUGAUCGACGGGCCGAUGACCCUAUUCGGCGGACUGCCGGUCUAUGUAUGAGACUGGGUGGUUGCUGUGCUUAUGAUUGUGGCUGUUGUCAUAAUGUACGAGAUGUCGUCUCCCUCGGUGGGACGAUGUUGUGGCAUUGUACCGAUCAAUGUCGAUGUUGUGACAGACGACAACAGAAGAUGGUCUGGUCAAACAUAGAAAGAGAAAAAAGCGCUAGAUUUGAUUCCGUCAGUCGAUGGGAAUGA